AUGCACUUCAAGCUCUUCUCCAUCAUCAUCCUCUCCGCCCUAUCCCUCGCAUCUCCCGAUCCCUCGCCAGCCCUCGCAACAGACGACUCCAAUGAAUCCGACCUCCUCCUUAAAUCCCUUAGCGAUUUAGCCACCCAAACUAUCUCAAUGCCCACCAAUAUCCCCACAUUGCCUAGCUCCAUCGAGUCCGUGCUCAUCACUGCUGUCCCGACUUCCUUCCUCUCCGAGAUGUCCAACCUUACGGCCUGGUCAUCGGUCACUAGUGAGUGGAAGGAUGGACACUUUCCAUCUUGGUAUAGUAGUCUCAAUGGAGACGUCAAGUCGUACCUGUCGACUGCGUUUGAUACUGCUUCGCCUUCGACGUCGACAUCGCAUGGUGGGGCUCCUGCGCCGACGGCUAUGGCGGCGGGGGUGGUUGGGGCUGCGGGGAUUCUGGGGUUGGCGAUUGUGUUGUGAUGAUUCGGGGUCUGUGUAUAUUAGCUUGGAAGGGGUAGAAGGGUGUAUGAUGUGGUAUGGGCGACAUGAUAUAGAUUGUUUUGCUGCUUUGGAAUUUAU